AUGGACCCUGAAACUGUGCAAUUUGCUUCAAUUUUCCCACCACAUUCACUAACGACAUAUAGCUAUAUCUUCGCCAAUUUCCAGAUCCAGGAAGUGGAAAACGACAGUCCUUCGUCCAGAACCAUUCCGACUUUCCUCGCCCUGUAUAGUUUCGGCUUCCUCUACGAGCUAGUAUUGGUUUAUGAUGCAUUGCGACAAAAGAACACCAUCCAGAUUAUCGGUCUUUGCAUGUGCAAUGUUGGCUUGUUGAUUUAUGGCGCCGUACAGGUGCAGCAAAUCCGAAAUGCUGUCAACAUUUUGCAUGAAAACAGCAAAAUCAGUGCUGUUGUUUGGUCGGAAUCGGAGCCAUUCCUUAUUAUCAUUCCAUGCAUUGUGGCUCUUGGAACUGUUUUGAUGACUUUUGUGGCGUGGCAAUUGUAUGACGAAUUCGCCUGGACGAUUUACAAACACAUCAGUGCGGAUCUGCGCAUGAAACGCCGUUAUCUGACUUAUCAGAUCUAUAUCGCUCUGCUGAAGUUUGAUUUCUUUUUCUUCCUCGGUUUCACUGUCCAGUUCCUGGUCGUUGUCUCGUCCUCCAGCCAUAACGCCGAAUUCUACCUUACCAUCGUCGCCGUUCCCGUGACUAUCAUUAUUCUUGCCUUCGGUGCUUGGUUUGUUCGUCGAGAAUCGACUAGCGGUAUGAUCGUGAUCAUCCUGCUAUUUUUUGCCGCCAUGGCCUACUUUGUCUUCAAGCUUUUCCGCAUGUAUGCUCUAGCGACCUUCACCGACUAUCUCCCAGCUCGUCCUUCAAUGACGUUCUUUGCUGUGAUCACGCUCAUCCUGAUUGUGAUUACUAUCAUCAACGCUUGUAUGUGUGUGAACAACUUCCAUCGAGGCUUGAAACCACAUAUCAGCAAGAAGAAAGUCAAGCCCGAGGAGAAGACCACUGAACUUUCCGCCAACCUUGCGAGUGUUGCGGUUCCAUCUCGAAUGAUGAUCGAUUGA